CUCUCUUUCUUUUUUUUUUCUGUUGCUUGGCUCUCUCUACUACUACUCUCUCUCUCUCUCUCCCUUCUUUGUUCUCGCUCUUUCCUCUCCUCUCCUCUCCAACUCUUUGUUUUCCGCAUAUAUUCUACAUUCCUUGCAUCUUUUUUUUUUUUCUUAUCCUAAACAGCGAGAGCAAUAGCAAUGUCGGCAGCAAAUACUUCCAUCGAUAGCCGAUAUCUCUGGCUCGGCCUCUACUUUCUAUUAAACCUGGGCCUGACGCUUUACAACAAGGCAAUAUUACUCGACUUCCGCUACCCUUGGAGUCUGACAGCAAUUCAUACCCUAUGCGGCUCCAUCGGCUGCUACAUCUUGUACUUUUUCGGCUACUUUACUCCAGUUAAACUCGGGGAACAUGAGAACAUGGUGAUGCUCAUGUUUUCGGUCCUUUAUACCAUCAACAUUGCCAUUAGUAACGUCUCUCUAAACCUGGUGUCUGUUGCUUUUCACCAAGUUGUUCGCGCCAUGACCCCUGUGUUUACCGUCAUGAUUUCCAUCGUGUUCUUGCAAAAGUCGUUCUCGCGCAUGACAUACUGGUCGCUACUUCCCGUCGUCGUGGGUGUUGGCUUUGCGACAUUUGGCGAAUACGGCUAUACUGCAGUUGGAUUCCUCCUCACCGUCCUUGGCACCAUGCUUGCAGCUGUAAAGACGGUCGUGACAAACCGCAUUCUUGUAGGCCGUCUCAAGCUCGAUCCAUUGGAUCUGUUGCUGAGAAUGUCGCCUCUCGCCUUUGUCCAAUGCGUAUUCUAUGCUUACAUCACCGGCGAGCUCGGUCGCGUCCAAGAGUUUUCUGCUUCGAACAUGACAGUCGGACUUGCCACUGGUCUCAUCUUUAACGGUAUCAUGGCAUUUGGAUUGAACAUUGUCAGCUUUACUGCCAACAAAAAGACGGGUGCCCUUACAAUGACGGUUGCAGGCAAUGUCAAACAGGUCCUUUCGAUUAUUCUGGCAGUCAUCAUCUUUAAGCUAAACAUCAACGCGACUAACGCCUUUGGUAUCAUCCUGACGCUGCUCGGCGGCGCGUGGUAUGGAAGAGUAGAGUUCUCUGAGCGAGCGAAUCGUUCAGUACUUCCAACCGUAUCAUCGCCCCCAUCAUCUGAUCAGCAUACACUGUUACAAGACGUAUCAGUUCAUGAGAAGAAAAACGACGAGAACAGCCAUUAGGUCGUUGAUGUUGUUGUUGAUGUGAAAACUCAAAUCCUCCUUUCCCCAUGUUAGCUCGACGAUAGAACAACCUCUUACCCCUUCCUCUUUUUUUUCUUCUUUCCAUCAUUGACAAGCUCACAAUCCCGCAAAUAUACACACUUACACACGCACACAUCUCCGUCAUUGUUAUUAUUAUCUUGUUGUACUUUUUCUGUAUAGCCCUAUUUUGUUUUUUUCCGUCUCCAAAAUAAAAAGAAACAUUUUCAACCAAAA